AUGGUGGUCACCGAUGAUCAGAUCUCUUUCUUCAAGAAGAACGGCUACUUGAUUGUCCGUGACUUACUGCAGUCUGAGCAAGUCAAAGACCUGCAAUCAUGGGCCGAAGAAGUCCGCAACUGGAAACCCACUGAAGAUUCAGAAUUCAUGCCCUACGAGGAGGUUAAUGACAAAGGUGAAACUGUUCUCUGCCGAACUGAGAACUUUGCCGAUUGCCACAACGGUUUCAGUAAUCUGCUCCGGAGCCCAAAGCUGCUUGGUCUUCUCAACGAUCUCGCAGAGGAGCCUAUGCUUUUGUUCAAGGAGAAGAUCAAUUACAAACUUGCUGGAAGCGGCGGAUUCGCACCUCACAUUGAUGCUGUUGCCUACACGCACAUCAAGGAUGUCAAGCACUUGACGAUUCUACUGAGUGUCGAUCCCUCCAAUAUCCGUAAUGGAGGGUUGGAAGUUGUUGAUGGCAGCCACGAGAUGGAUGUUCCUAUCAACAAGGCUACCAACUGCAUUGAAACAACUUGGGUCGACUCUCAGACUUGGACCCCCGUUGAACUAGAAGCUGGCGAGCUACUCAUCUUCACUUCUUACCUGGCUCACCGCAGUGGUGCCAACAAGAGUAGCUCUGACCGCAAGGCUAUCUAUGCGACUUACAACCGUGCUUGCGAGGGUGAUCUACGCCAGGGAUACUACGAGCACAGGAAGCAGGAGUGGCCGGCUACACAUAUGCGAAAGGCUGGAAAGUCUUAUGAGGCGGGAGCGUUGACGUAUGGCUUUGGAUCUCCUAUGCUUAGUGUUGAUGCCGGAAAGCAGGUUACAUUUUAA